CCACUACGGAUCUGGGCUGCGGCUGCUUUGAGUGAAACCCCGCCAAACUCCUGAAGAGCCCCGAACGUGCAAGGGCAAAGACAAAGAAAGACACGACACCAACCUCCAUCUUGAGACUUGACUUGACCUCGCCUCGGCCAGAUAAGACCAAACAAGUCCGGCCGCCGCAUUCUGAUCUCUGUCGCUCGCCGCCGUUCACUGUGAUUCCACACGCCAAAACCGACCGUCUCUCCCACCACCUCCUCUCCAGUCGCAACCGCCUCUCGCCAUCCCGCAAUCAAUCCCACCGUCUCUCUCUCUCUCUCCCUCCCUUCGCUCCAAGCAUCUUGACGGGGCAGCCCGCGCCGCUCUACGUCCACAAUGGGGCUGUCCGUCAUCCAAGAACAGCACGAUGUGAUUCUCAACCAGAUCAAGAGCAUCACCAAAGACGAUUGGAAAUGCCUGAUCGUCGACGCCAACUCCAAGAAGAUCAUCGACAAUGCUGUCAAGGAAGAUGACAUCCUCAACAACAACAUCGCCACUAUCGAGCGCAUCGAAGACCGCCGCGAUCCCAACCCUGAGAUGGACGCCAUCUACAUCCUCUCCCCCGAGUCCUUUGCCGUCGACUGCCUCCUCGCCGACUUCGAGAUGCGCCGCUAUCGCAGCUAUUUCCUCGUGUGGACCGGCCUGCUCGACCCCUCGCUUCGCCGCAAGAUCGACGACUUCCCCGGUGCCCGCCAGCAGCGCGCCGGCUUCCAGACCCUGUUCGUCGACUUUUUCCCUCGGGAAUCCCACCUCGUCACUUUCCACGACCCUUGGAGCUUCCCUAUGCUCUACCACCCGUCCUGCAAUGCGCUCGUCCCCCAGCACAUGAAGGGUCUGGCACAAAAGAUCGCGGGUCUUUGCAUCACCCUUGGCGAGUACCCGAAAGUGAGAUACUACCGACCGACCAAUCCGAUUCAUGAUGCUAGUGUGUUGUGCUCGCAUUUGGCACGUUUCGUCCAAGAAGAAUUGGACUCGUACGCACAAUGGGACUCGAACUUUCCGCCACCGUCCCAGCGACCGCAAGCAAAUUUAAUCAUCACAGACCGAUCCAUGGACUUGAUGGCUCCUUUAGUCCACGAGUUCACCUACCAGGCCAUGGCACACGAUCUCCUGCCAAUCAAAGAUGGCGACAAGGUCACCUACCGCACCACCAUCAACGAGGGAACCCCGGAAGCGGAGGAGAAGGACAUGGAGCUUGCCGAGAAGGACAAGAUCUGGGUCGAUAACCGCCAUCGACACAUGAAAGAUACUAUCGACAAGCUCAUGGGCGACUUCCAAAAGUUCAUUGACGAGAACCCCCAUUUCACAAACCAAAAUGCCGAUACUACCAACCUCAACGCCAUCCGCGACAUGCUGGCAGGCCUGCCCCAGUUCCAGGAAAUGAAGGAAGCCUACUCGCUGCACCUCACCAUGGCGCAAGAAUGCAUGAACAUUUUCCAGAAACACAAACUGCCCGAUGUUGCAUCUGUGGAACAGACGCUGGCGUCGGGGCUAGACGAAGACUUCCGGAAGCCCAAAAACGUCCUGGACUCCGUGGUCCGACUAUUAGACGACGAAUCGGUCACGCCCCCGGACCGACUCAGACUCAUCAUCAUGUUCAUCCUCUACCGUGAUGGUGUCAUCUCAGAGGACAUUAAGCGCCUACUCGCCCAUUCGUCUCUCCCACAGCAGGACAGCGAUGUUAUAAAGAACUUGGAGAAUCUCGGUGGACGAACGAUCCAUGCUCUCAAAGAUGUGCGGCAGAUCCCACCGCCGCUGUUCCCCAUCGACCCCAAGACAGCGCAGUUAGAUGAGGAGUACGGUCUAUCGCGCUUCGAGCCGGUCUUGAAGUCCAUGAUCGACGCUCUGGCCCGAGGCAUCCUCGAGCAAACCAACUUCCCCUACGUGAAGCCACCGCUGGACCCUAAUGAGGACAUGCUGAUAGCGCAGGGAGGAUCUCUCCGCACUGGCCGGCCAAACUGGGCCGCUACUGGACGGCGUCCUCCGGAGAACCGACAGCGCAUCAUCGUCUUUAUGGCUGGAGGAGCCACUUAUAGUGAGAGCCGAGCGUGCUACGAAGUCGGCGCUGAACGUAGUCGCGAUAUCAUUCUUGCCACAUCGCAUAUGAUGAGCCCCCAGCUCUUCAUCCGCCAGGUCGGCGACCUCAGCCGCGACAAGCGUCACCUUGACCUUCCCCUCGAGCGCCCCAAGCCUCGUGCUCCAGCCCAUCUGUUCGAACGUCCCGCGCCGCCUCGCCCGCCACCAGGACAAGCACCGCCAAUGGGUGCGCCUCCAGGUGGUGCAGCACCACCGCGCAGGCCGAUUGCUCCAGGUGGUCUACCCGGUCGUCCAGUCCCGAGCGGCUCAGCUCCUCCCACGGCGGCCAUGAACAAGGUGUCACUCAACACCCCGCCGAAGCCGCCUGCCGCCAGCAACGGCUCGUCCCACGGCGCCUACCACUACGAAGAUCCCAGGGCAUACAAGGAGAAGAAGCGGAGGAAUUUCCUGGGCAUGAAGAAGUAGGGCUCUCGCAGAAGUGGCGGUUCCUCGGCGUCGGACCGAGCCGCGAGGCGAAAGGAAGACAGCAGCCGGUGGAUCACAACGACGGAGAGUCACGACACCAGCACCAAGACUGUUCCUGGUGGCAAAGGCUUCCUCUAAAUUAAGUCCUCUUCGCGCUACGGGUAGUUGGGUAGACGAGACGGUAUGGUGCAGCUUGGUUACGUUUUUCGGAGCGCGGCGUUCUAUUCCCGUUUUCUUUUGCGUCCUUUAAAGGUCUCCAAGUCACCGCUCGACGUCCAGCGAAUUCUUUUUUGCAAAGAUCCAAACCCGAAUCUUGGGCGGUUUACUUUACACGCUUUCGCUUCCGUCCCGCGAUUGAACUGGGUGGAUCGUUGGGAGGAGGGGAGGGGACAGAGUGCCAGGCCAAGACUGGUAUAUAGAGCUCUCCUGUGACGUAGCAUGUACAUACAUUUGUGGAGGAGGCGAUAAUAAUCUAUUUCUUGUGAAG